GGUCCAUUUCAUUUCUGCACAGAUAUUCAUCUGACACGGAGAGAAGAUGGGUCCCAAACAAUCUAUCCCUGAAGGUCAACCUCUCAGAAUCGUGCUGAUUGGGAAGACUGGAGUGGGGAAGAGUGCUGUGGGAAACACCAUCCUGGGGAGGACAGCAUUUAAAUCAGAUGUUUCUGCAAACUCAGUCACAGGAACUUGUUCGAGAGCAAGUGUUAUUGGUCAGAGAGAAAUUGAAGUGAUUGACACACCUGGUAUUAUAGACACACAAAAAAAACCAGAGAUAAUUAAAAAUGAGAUAGUGAAAUGCAUUAAGUACUCAUGUCCAGGGCCCCAUGUGUUCCUGCUGGUAAUUCAGAUUGGGAGAUUCACUCCAGAAGAGCAGAAUGCAGUUAAGGCCCUACAGGAGAUCUUUGGGGAAAGGGCUGAAAAGUACAUGAUCGUCCUGUUCACUCGUGGUGAUCAACUGGAGGGUCAGACUAUUGAUCAAUAUGUGCAAUUAGGCAGCGAGGACCUGAAGAAAAUCAUAAACAGCUGUGGUGGACGAUACCAUGCAUUCAACAACAAAAGCAAUGACCGGAGUCAAGUUGUGCAGUUGGUGAAUAAAAUAGACACGAUGGUGAGGAUAAAUGGGGGAAGUUACUUCACUGAGGAGAUGUACAAAGAGACACAAAAGGUCAUGAGGGAAAGAGGUCUAGCCCCAGAUUCACCUGAGAUAGACCUGUACCUAACUUUCCUCAGUCUCCUGCUGGGGAGGGUGGUAGUGUUUCAAAAGGUUCUUAAUGACUGAAGAUAAUUUGAUCAUGUAACACAUUAUUAUGUAAUUUGGUAGUUAAAAGGUAUUAUGAU